AUGGGAAGCACUUAUAACGCUCGCAUCAACUACUUCAAGGCCCGCCUCAAGCACCCUCACAAGAGCCACCACCAGAACGAUCUGCCCCACAGAACCCUCGCCAGAUCACCACAGACCCGUAUCAAGAACGCCACAGGAGUGCCCACUGAAGACGUCAUCCGCCGAACAAACCAUUAUUUCCCAACCGCCAUACGAACGAUAUCUUUCAAGCGUAACAUGACUUCUCUCAAGGCCUGUAUCCUUCUGCUCGUUGCUGCUGCUGCUGCCGAGGCGGUGUAUUUUGCCAAUGGGGCAGGCGAUCAACACCACGUCAUUGCCAACCAGCACGAGUGUGUCAACUUUCCCACUUGGCUCAACGACAAGGCCACUGGAUACUUUAUCGCUGCACCCUGGCGCUGUGACGUCUUCGCCGAUCACAACUGCGGCGGGUAUAAUAUGAGACUUGGCCCCACCAAAACAUGGACAAACGUUCCUAUGGGAGGCAUCUCGUCUCUGUGGUGCUGGAUGGUUUAA